CAACAUAUCGAUUGAACAUGGGAUCGAUCGAGGCGACGACAAACAGGCGACGCCUGUUCGUGUCCAACCUACCGUCGAGCACGAGCAGCGGCAAAUUAUUAGGCAUGUUGAGGCCGUACAACGCCACCUACGCGUUAAUAUUGGAGAAAUACACGGACUGCAACCACGCGUUCAUCGCGUUCAAGACGAAGGAGGACGCGGCGGUCGUGUUGAAAUUGUCGAGGGAGGGGAGGAUCGUUUGCGAUUGCAGAAAGUUGAGGAUGUACGAGGCGAAUUCGAAGAAGCGGCGGAAGGGAAGUGGAGCGAACGACGGGACGGUGGAGCUACCGCCGGACUGCAUCGCGAGCAUCGCCCGAUACCUGCCUUACGCGGACAGGGCGCGGCUCGAGAUGGUGUCCUCGGUUUGGAGGCAGGGCAGCCAGCUGUCCCAUCGAGUUGUCCGCCACCUCGAGUUCGAGGAUUGGCGGUGGCCCGAGAACAAGUGCGUGUCGACCGGUUUCCUCGACUGGCUGGUGAGGCGGCAGGGCGAGUGUCUGACCAGCGUUGCGAUAAACGACGAGCGGUUGUCGAAAAAUCUGAACCCCCGAAUCGUGGCGACGAUCGGGUGGAAUUGUCCCCGGUUGGUCGACAUCGAUUUCACGGGGCUGAGAAUUUGGCCGUCCUCGUUGAGGCCGUUCGCGUCGAUAUCCAGCCAAUUGAAGUGUCUCAGCUUGGGCACAACCGAGGGCCCGGUCGACGCCGAGCUCGGCAGAAUAUUCGAUCGGGCCAAGUAUCUGAGACACUUUCGCGCGGACGGCACGAAUAUUUAUGGAAAGUGCCUCACGCAUUUGCACCCCAACUUGGAAACGUUGAUAUUGAGGAACUGUUCUCGCCUCGAGUCGCGGCUCGCCUGUAUCAUGCUGACCAAUAUGAAACGGCUCCAACACCUCGAGAUCAUCUACUGUGCCAACCUCCGAGACAACAAUAUCUUGCGCACCCUCAUCGACACGAAUGCCAAUAACUUGUUCCGGACCCUGUCUCUAGUGAAAUUUCACCAUUGCUCGUUUAUAGAACCUGAAAUAGACAUAAGGGAGGUGUUGGUCAGCAGAUUGACAGAGAAAUCCAUACCGAAAUUGUACCGGCAGUUGAGCCGGUUGAGCGUCGCCUAUUGCAUAUGGGUGAAUUACACUUUCGUUAUGGAUAUCGGCCGUUACAUGCGCAACCUCACCUAUCUGAAUCUGACCGGUUGCAAAAGUUUGAGGGACGACUACCUGGAACCGCUCAGGGACCUGACCCAGCUGAAAAUAUUGGAGAUAAACUGCAUGCAUCCCUCGGUGUCCGUCUUCUUCCUGCAAUCGUUGGAGUCGUUGACCGAGCUCCGUUGCAGGAAGAACGUGGGCAUCACGGAUCAGGACGUGUGCUCUGUCCUCAAUAAUUGUUCCAAGAUAACGAUUAUUGACGUGGAGGGAUGCUGCCAGGUGGGUCCUCCUACUCUCAGGCGGGCCGCGAAAAUGGCGAAAAGUCGGAAAAAACUGAUUCACAUGUACGUCGCUGGGACCAAGAUCAAACAAUCUACGCCGUACGAGGAAAAUGAAUACUUGCAACUCACUUUUAAAUAUAUGCACUUUUGAAUCGGUUUAUGUAUUAUUAUGUGUAAAGAUUAUGUGAAAAUUGUACAUAGGAAAUUUUGUAUGAUUGAAUCGACUGACAUUAAAAAUUCUAACGUCGAUCGUAAUUAACAUUAGAGAUAGGAAUAACACGUAUAAAAAGGAAGAAAAAAGUUAUGCAAAAAUUGUACAUUCGAAAUUUUAUAAGAUUGACAAU